AUGCUUCACACCGAUACGUUUAACAAAAACGUUAAGCGUAAAAUGACCAAAGAACAAUUCGUGAACAACACACGCAUCGAAGGUGUGCACCCGGAGAUAUUGGAGAUUCUUUAUGAUAACAUCACCUUUGCGGAGUUCAUAUAUGCCGAGGAUGAUGUGGAUGUGAAUGGUCAGACGAUGAUUGAAUCACCGGCAGACCACCGUACGCUUUUCCCAUCCUCCAAAGAUAAGAAGAAACAAGUGCGUCAAAGGAACAACCCCUAUUGGGUCAUACAGAAUAAAUUGCCUACCGAUUUCAAGCCCUCCGUCAAAGAUAUAGUCCCGAUGGAGAAUCCGUAUUCAUACAUGGGAACAUUGCCAGCACUUGAUGUAGGAAAUUUGCACAGAGCAUUUUCUUCCGCGCAAACGAUCCAAAUCACCGGAGUGCAAAACCGACACAAAAAUGAUGCAGCCCAUGGCACUCCGUUAAAUCAAUAUCAAUCGGUCUCCAACAAGAACGAUGAAACUUUUCUGUUGAAGAUAACCAAAGGUGGCAGAUUGAUUAAGAAGAUUGACAUGAUUGACGGUAAAAAGAAAGGAAAUUUCUCCCGCAACUGGAGGCAGUACGGCGUGAUUUUGAGCGGUAGUCAGUUGAUGUUCUUCAAGGAUGAAGCAUUGUCUACGCAAUUGGCCGAGCUGAAAGACCCUGAGAAAUUAAAGAAACUACCGACACUUCGACCCGAUGCGAUAUUGAUGACUGCCGAUUCAGUUGCGGUGUAUGACAGGAGUUAUGUAAAGUAUUCGAAUGUGUUUCGACUUGCAUGCCCCAAAGGUUGCCAAUACUUGUUUCAAGCCGAAAGCGAGGUCGAGUUGAAUGACUGGAUAUCGAAAAUCAAUUAUGCUGCAACAUUCAAAACCGUCGGAUUAAAGAUAAGAAAUGUUCGGAAUAACACUUUUAAUAAAAAAAAAGGAACCUUUCCUGGGACUGGCGUGGGCAUAGGGCCUGGCGACCGAAAUAAUGACGGAAAUGGAUUCCUUGGGCCCGCCAAGGACGACAGCUCUAACAAGGACUCACAAGGUCGAGCUAAUUUUCUUCGGUCAAAAAUCGAUGAGCUUCAGGAAAAAAUUUCUACUCUCACUUCACAGCUACAAACGGACAUUCGACUUCGAAAUAAUCUUAUACUGAUGAUUCCCUACAGAGCUUCCACCAGAGAUCGCAUAGUACAUAUAUCCGCUUCGGUGGCACAACGGCUUAGGAAUACAUGCCUGGAGCUCAGCAGGUUGGUGUGCUAUCAUGAGAUAUUAGAAAAGGACUUGUGCACCACCGUUAUGGAGAAUAGUAGCUACUGGCAACACCGGAAUAGCAUGUAUCGAGUGGGCGAAAGUUCACAGGAUCCGGUAACCCCCAGAUUAAAUGUGGACAUCCCAAUGAGAAAACAGCUGGGAGCUUCCGAAGUUUAUACGGGUGGACAUGUGCUCGUUGAGGACCCAACUAGUGAUGAAGAACUCAGCCUGAUGGGCGAAAGCAAUUGGGAAAGAAACAAUAAUUCAUUAUUAUCAAGCGAUAGUGCCAAUAGGACCCAUCUCCGCUUAACAGACAAGAGGCCGAUUGACAGAGGCAUCAGAGCAACAACAGUAGAUAUCUUGCCCACCUCAUCGAUUUCAUCAAUUCCGUCCACACCAUCGUCAUCGGCUGCAGGAUCCAUUCGCAUGUCGCCACAGUAUGAUAAUGAAUACGAAGAAUUUAGUUACCUGGCAAACAGCUCAGAAUUGGAAUUGGAGCUUGUUCAGACACCGACCAUUAGCAUCGAUUCCGAUAACAUCGGCAUUUUUGAGGACAGCGUUCCGAGUAUCAUUAAUGAAUCCACUGGUUUUGACGAGGAAUUCGUGCACAAUAAGAAUCCAGAGGAAAGAUUAUUCGAAAGGGAGAGAUUUAAUUUCGAGGAGAUUGAAAUUAAGAGAGAGAGACCAGAUAAAGAAAUUAGGGUCGAAAGAGAGGAAAUCGAAUUGGGGGUGGAGAAUGAGAUUCCAUACAGACGAACCCCGGAGACACGAACGAGUGAAACAUGGAAUGCCGGAAUAGAGGAAACAGAGAAGUCAGAGGAGAGGCAUGAGGAGGGGUUAAUAUCCGACGAAGAAGUUGAAAACGAUGAAUCGUCGAAUAGCGAUCAUACAGAAAUAAUACCUUCGGUAGUCAUAUCUGAGGUAGAAUCGUUAAGUGAUGAGGAGGAUCAUUAUCAAGAUAUGAACAAUAAUAACAAUAACACUGAAUCUGAAAUCACUGUCGAGGAUAACUCGGAUUCGGAUUCAGAUGAUGAAUUUGUUGAUUGUGAGGAAUGGAAUCCCGAGUAA